CUCGUCUUGCGUCACCACCAGAGAGAGCUGGAGGAAGCGAUGGAUACCAGCGGCGGUGGCCGGGCGGGGGCGGAGCGGUGGAUGGCGAUCGCAGAGAAGCUCCUCGCUGCCCGUGACCUCGUCGGAAGCAAGCGAUUUGCGGAACGGGCGAUGGAGGCGGACCCCCUCGUCGACGGCGUCGAUCAGAUCCUCGCCGUCGCCGACGUCCUCCUCGCCUCCCAGCGCCGUGUCAACAACCACGUCGACUGGUAUGCCGUCCUUCAGCUUCCCUCCUCCCCCGACGGCCGCGAGCCCUCCGCCGUCAAGCUCGCCUACCGCCGCCUCGCCCUCCUCCUCCACCCUGACCGCAACCGCUCCCCCGGCGCCGACGCCGCCUUCCACCUCGUUGCGGACGCCUGGUCCGUCCUGUCUGACCCUUCCAAGAAGUCCCUCUUCGACGCCGAGCUCCACAUCGCCGCCUCCGCCGCCUCCAAAACCUCCCCCUUCUCCUCCUCCGCCGCCGACGCCACCUUCUGGACCUCCUGCACCUUCUGCUGCCACCUGCACCAGUAUGCGCACGCCUACCUGAACCGCUCGCUCCGCUGCCCCACCUGCCGCCGGGUGUUCACCGCGUCCGAGAUCGCCGUUCCGCCGCCCAUCGUCCCCGGCACCGACAUGUACUACUGCUCAUGGGGCUUCGUUCCCCUAGGGUUUCCCGGUGGGCCGGGCUUUGGCGGCCCCCCGGAUCUCAACAGCGCCAGCGGGUGGAAGCCCUUUUAUCCGCUGUUCCCCUGGUCGGGGAACCACCCCUCUCAGCCGCCCCCCGACAAUAGGCAGGACCCCCGAAAUGCGCACGGCCAGCCACCGCAGGAUAGCGGGAAGAAGGACAAUAUGGCCCCGGCCGCGAGGAAUAAGAAGAAGAUGGCAAGGAAGAAGGUCGGCGGCGGUCUAAAGAAGAGGACUUGGGCUGCAGAGGGUGAGGGGAAGGGUAACACUGGGGGCGAGCCGGGGACUACUGGCCCUGAGGCAUGGGAGGGAAGCGGGGCAAAGCCCGCCGCCACUGAUGUUGAUGAACAAGUGGAGUUCAGGGGCAUUAACAUUAACGAGGCGGCCAAGGGUUCAGAGGGCGGUGCCGAGGUUGUGGUAGAUGGAGGGGACACCAUGAACUUCCAUAUCGACAUGGAUGCUACUGAUGAGCUUCUGGGUAAUCUGCAAAACCUUCCCUUCUUGAAAGUGGAAGAAAUUCCAAUGCAUUUGCCAUAAUAGCUGUUGUUGUAACACGAAGCAAACACAUGAGACAGAGUAGACGGUAUGUAUGCUUAAAGGGUCGGAAAUAUUGUACUGAAGACUGACCCUUAACUACACCCUCGAAUGUAUAAUAAUUAUGACAGUGUAAUUUUCUUUUGAAAAAGUUUUCGCUGGCUGCCGAUCAGUGUUAGCUAUCCCCCUUGGUCUUUCAAGUUUUAGGCCAACCCUUCUCAAGGCUGGAUAGCACAGCAUUCUGCUUGCUUAGGUGGGAAAAUGUGCAGUCGCCGGUUCUGCUGUUUUGGCUGAAGGGAAUUUUCUUUUGCAACUUACUUCUUCCCCUUUGCAGCAAUAAACUGGGGGAAUCAGAAAGGUAUGCUUUAAGUUUUAAAUUCUCUGCAUGAUUUUAUUAUGUUUAUCCAUUCAAUUGUUUAGAAUUUGAUAGCAACUAAGAAUGAUUUGCUUCUCUUAGGUUGGUGGUAUUUAGAUAUCCUGUGUCCUUGUAACAAAUGGAUUUGUGGCUUGUUGCUUGUUUUAUAUUACAUCAUAACUCUGGUGAUUGAUAUA